GGACCGGGCCGUUUCCCGGCGGCGAGUCGGGCUGGAAACCUAGGACUGCCCUCGCCGCCGCCGACAUGGAGACGUUGUACCGAGUCCCGUUCUUAGUGCUGGAAUGCCCCAACCUGAAGCUGAAGAAGCCGCCCUGGGUGCACAUGCCCUCGGCCAUGACGGUGUACGCCCUGGUGGUGGUGUCUUACUUCCUCAUCACCGGAGGAAUAAUUUAUGAUGUUAUUGUUGAACCUCCAAGUGUUGGCUCUAUGACUGAUGAACAUGGGCAUCAGCGACCAGUAGCUUUCUUGGCCUACAGAGUAAAUGGACAAUAUAUUAUGGAAGGACUUGCAUCCAGCUUCCUGUUUACAAUGGGAGGUUUAGGUUUCAUAAUCCUAGACCGAUCCAAUGCUCCAAACAUUCCGAAACUCAAUAGAUUUCUUCUUCUAUUCAUUGGAUUCGUCUGUGUCCUAUUGAGUUUUUUCAUGGCUAGAGUAUUCAUGAGAAUGAAACUGCCGGGCUAUCUGAUGGGCUAGCGUGCCUGUUGAGAAGAACUCUGGAUACUAGAUUUGUUCCAGUUAAUGAAGUUUUGAAGGCUGCACCAAACCUCUGAUACGCAACAUGGGAAGAAAAGGACGGGAGCAGCAGAGAAGAAGCCCGAGGGGAACAUAGGGAGCAUAUUGAAGCUUGGACUAGAAUGUCGUCUUGGUAUAAGAGACAAGCUUAGCCCAGUGUUUUUUCCUGCUGACCUUCACUGACAUACCAAUGAUGUUAAGUGGCAUUUUCUUCUCUGUUUUUAAUUUCUUAAAAUAUACUCCAUUUCUAUACCUAUAAUAUUGAAUAGAGUGAUUAUUUUUACAACCCUCUUAGCAUUUUUUUGGAGAUGACAUUUCUGACUUUCAGAAAUGAGUGUAAAAUCAGAAAGCAGGAUCCCAUAAGCUGAGACCUCUGGACAGCUGAUCAGCUUUACUAAACUGUGGUGCUUUGCCCUUAAGCAGAGUGUGUGAUAGCACAUUACUUAAGAUAUGCAUGUGAGACUGUUUCCUGAACACUAAGGUGUAUGAAAGGAGCAGAAAUAAAGAAGUUUUCUAAUUAAUACCUUU